GCAUCUUUGAGACCGUGGACGGUUCCACACGGAUAUAUGCAAUGCCGUUCACAAAAACGUCAACAAUGUGGCAGCUUAGUUUUCCCUGUGGAGAGGACGUCGCGAAAAAACUCUCAAAGGACCCCGCUGGCUUGAAAGCAGAAAUCGUGCGGCGUUGUGCUUCCUGGCAUAACCCCGUCCCGCAACUACUCGAGGCAACACCGCUAACCGGCAUGGCCGGGUACCCAGUGUACGAUAGAGAACCUUUGCAGGCAGAAGUUCUGGCGAAACUGCCACUAGAUGUAGUAGAUGCUGCCCAACAUCGUCGUGUCACCUUAAUGGGUGACGCGGCACACCCGAUGACCCCUUUUCGUGCCCAAGGUGCCAAUCAGGCAUUGAGCGAUGCUGUGUUGUUCGCAGAGACGUUGCGAGAGUCAAUCUUGAAGCAGGUUCGAGACGGUCACAGCUACAUCGUUGGUGCUCCUUCCUCGAUCACUAAAGCCGACGAUGAGCAGCAGAAGUUUCAGCUUCACCUGCCUCAUCUUGAUACUGCCAUCAGCGCAGGAAUUGACGCGGCUGUGCCAAUUUUUGAGCGUAAGAUGUUGACCCGUUCUUGUCGGAUGGUGACUGGAUCCCGCGAGAAGGCCAAGGAGCUGCACAGCAGCGUGGUGCUUCAGCAGGGCCGCAAGGUGCAGCGCGAGACCGGUGGUAUCGAUAUGCAGCAGGCCUUACGUAUCUUACGAGACAAGGGGAUUACGGCCUUAGCCGCUGCAGAUCCAGCGGGGCUGGACGUCGUCGUGGCAAACGCAAUAGGUCUGGGGACGGGGAGCGAGAAGAACCACGAAAGAAGUACAACCAAGACAUCAAAAAAAUUGACAAAAACAAGUAGCAACUCCUCGAAAACUAGUUGCCCUGAAAUGAAUGAUAGUCCAACUUCCGCCUCGACCGCUAGCACGACUAGUAGCUGUAGAACGACAGGGGUGGAUCAGCCUUGCAAGACGAAAAAGCCUGUAGAAAAACUAGGGGGACCAGUACAGAGUACGAAGAGAAAGAGAAAAAGAAGUUGUAUUUACGUGGCUGCAGAAGAUAAUGCGGUACAAGAUAAAGGCGAAUCUGACGAUCCGACAAAGAGACAGAAAACGAAAAGAGAAGCGGGGGUCGAAGAAAAUGGAAAUGCUAUCUGCUCAACAAAAAUUACACAAGUUUGGGGCCGUCACGAAGAGAAGUGGCAGCGAUGUGUUCUAUUGAGAACGCGCAAGUCAGGUCACGAAGUUGUGUGGCGCGACGGAAGCACGCAGGUCCUAGGAUUUGACUGCAUUAGAGAAGAAGCUCCGGCGAAAAAAUGGAAGAAGUCUUCUCUAAAAAUGACAAAUCAAAAGGUGUAAUGACAUUGCGUGGGAUCAUCUCAGCAUGUUUCUAUUAGCCGCGCCCGCGUACCCGUACGUUUGAGAAGAUAUUUUUAAGUCCUUUGGUCUUCCACGGUCUACCUCACUAUUAGCCGCGUAAGUACGCAUUUUUCGUAAGCACUUUGGUUUUUAUGGUCUAGCUCUUGCUCCUACAACUCCUCUAUAGAUUUAUUUACAAACGCCCUCGACAACCGACUGAUGGUCCUGCCGAUGAUUCAGACAUACAACAUGGUCCCUUUUUCUACCCCUAAGGACGCAAUGGGAUCUCAUCGGACUAAUGGUCGUACUGGAGGUGAUAGAUGAGCCCAAAUACCCACGAAACAAAUACCCAC